UUCUAAAUUUGUAUAAUAAUAUCAACAGAUCUGUUGACAAACACGUGUGAUGUAAUCCCGAUGAUUCCCUCACCCUGUGAAUUUUUGAAUUUCUAGUUAAUCUGUUCAUAAUUAAUCGCUCUUUUGAUAUAAACAAAUGUUUCAUCUCGCGUAUAAUUUUGGAAUAUUAUAUUAGGCAUGUCUCUCCCCUCUUAUUUUGCGUGAGAAAUUUUGGAAAGUUAGGUCAGAAGAGAAAGUUCUGACGGCUCUCCCACUAGUGUACAUAUUUGACUCCCAAGUUUAAUUGUCUAGGCAUGUAGUUUCUCGGCGUUCUCUCAAUUCACACACAAGUUGGUUGUUCCGCAUACAAUGUUGUAAUUUAAAAAAAACAUCAGAAUAUAUAUCAACAGUAUUUUUUGAAAAAAGAAGAAAACAAUGUCUUUAAAUAUAACUAUAUCUCAAAUUUUGAGAAAAAGUAAUUCCACAUUUCUGUCAAACUCUCUCAGAGGUUUCAAAAUUCAGAGAACAGUCUGUAUCUUCACACAAAAUAGAUUUCACUUUAGUGAACUUACUCAAGCUGAAACUAAGUCAUUAGUGAAUCAGAAAACAGAUUGGAAUAAAACUAUGUCAGAAGCAGAGAAGAUUGUUGGAUAUCCAACUUCUUUUUUAAAUCUAAGAUGGUUAUUGAGUGAUGAACUUACAAAUGUUGCAGUGCACUUGAGAAAAUUAAUUGGAUCAAAUCAUCCUUUGUUGAAAACAGCUAAAAAUAUUAUUUAUACUGGACGUAAUGCACAGGCAUUUGGACUAAUUGUACUGUUAAUCUCUAAGGCUGCUGGACACUUGAAUGCAGACCCAGCAGAAGAAGAAAAAAUUGCUGGUGUAUUAAACAGCCAAAGAGCUUUAGCUGAAGUUACAGAAAUGAUACGAACUAGCAAUUUGAUACACAGAGGACUAGUAAAUAUAAAUAAAAAUAUGUCCUUGGAAUCAGAAAUGAAAGAUGUGCUUUUUGGAAAUAAAAUAGCAUUGUUGUUUGGUGAUUACUUGCUUUGCAAUAGUUGUGUUCAAUUAGCAACUCUUAGAAAUCAAGAUCUUGUGUUCUUAAUGUCAACUGCAGUAAGAGAUUUAUGUCAGGCAGCAUUUGUAGCACGCAGAGACUAUCAAAAUUUUCCUAUACCAUCAAUACCGCCCGAAGAUCGUACAGGCUAUGCGCUAAAAGAAUGGACAUUUUUAAAUGUUUAUGGCGCUGCGUCGUUACUCGGAAAAAGUUGUCAAGGCACAUUGAAGCUAGCUGGACAUAGCAAUGAACUGCAGGAAGAAGGCUACAAGUUUGGCAAACAUUUAGCUCUAGCUUGGCAGGCUUCCUUGGAUUUAUCUUUGUGUAUUAACAACGACAAAGAAAUCUUGUAUAAUUUAUGUGCUGCUCCAAUCAUGUUUCAUAUUGAAAAUGACCCAUCUAUUUUAACGGAGCUCAAUAAAGGAUUAGAAUCAGUAGAAAAUAUCGACUAUUUACAGAUACUCGAAAUUAUUCAAGCUGGUCCAGGCAUUGCAUUGACCAAAGAGCUCAUAAAGGAACACUCACAAAAAGCGAUGGAUGUAUUAAACGUGUUUGCGGAAAAUGAUGCUAGAAAAGCUUUAUCUAAUAUUAUUAUUGCAAUAGGUGAUUUUUAAUUAAAAAUUAUUGUUUUGUAUUGGGAAAACGACAAAAGGAUGAAUUGGAAUGGUAUGUCUUCUAUUUUUUCAUCUUGAGAUUCGCACUUUAUUAGAGAGAUACAAGCUAAGGAUAAGAAUAAUUCACAAAUAUAAUAAUAAUUCAAUUUCAUACGAUAUUGUUUGCUGUCUAAGCAAUUGAAGUAAACACGUAAACAAAUGUUUAUCAAAGAUUUUACAUAGUCUGCGUUCCGAUAUUGACAGCUAGUACUAAGCAUCUAUACUUUAUGUCACAUGUUUUAUAGAUUUUUUGUACUAAAGGUGAAUAUCAGGACGAACGUCAGUCACAGUCUUAACAGUUUUGUGUAUGAUAGUUAUAUAUAUAUAUAUAGUAACAACAAAGUUAUAAAAAACUAAUUUAAAUUUAAAAAACUAAUAGAGAA